CCGGAGUGUGACAACAGACACGGCGCGUGGGAAAAAUGGAAAACCCGGAGCACGAGAAAUCCGUGAAAACGUUUCGCGUUUUAGAACUUUUCAGCGGAAUCGGUGGCAUGCAGAUGGCCCUCGAGCGAACUGGCAAAUCGUUCGAGAUCGUUUCGGCCAUAGAUGUGAAUCCCAUCGCCAAUUCGGUGUACACGCACAAUUUUGGAGAAAAGGCAGCUCGCAACGGCAACAUAUUGAGUCUUACGUCGAAAACCAUUUCCAAACUGGCCAUCGAUACCAUUCUCAUGUCGCCCCCGUGUCAACCGUUUACGCGUAAUGGAAAGUUCAACGAUAUCCACGAUCGCCGCUCUGACCCGUUCCUUCACCUCUGCGAUCUCUUGCACGAAAUCCCGACCGUGGAGUUUAUACUGAUGGAAAAUGUGAAGGGAUUCGAAGGAUCGCAAGCCUGUGCCCUAUACAAGGCGCGUCUGAAAGAGGCCGGAUUCGAACAUCAGGAGUAUGUGCUCUCUCCACACCAGUUCGGUAUACCGAACACACGCCAUCGGUACUACUGCCUAGCAAAGCGGAAAGGCAAAGGAUUUAAGCGAACUGGCGAUGGAACUAUCAUCACACAUCCCAGCGACGAUGGUGGCACCGUUCCGCUUUUAACGAUUGGUGAUAUAGUCGAUCCCGGCGAGAACGACGAAAAGCAUUUGCUGAAAGAGGCGGCACUAAGAAAACAUUUGCCUAUCAUGGAUGUUUGCACGCCCGAGUCGACUAACUCGAUGUGCUUCACCAAGGCGUACACCCACUACGCCGAAGGGACUGGGUCAGUGUACACCCCACACUCGAAGCAGCAGUUUGACAAAGUUUAUCAAAGCGCAUCCAACGCGACGGACGAAUUGGAAAAGAUGGCUCUUUUGCGAUCUUUGCGCGUUCGGUAUUUCUCCCCGCAGGAGGUGGCUAAACUAAUGAGUUUUCCCAAAAGUUUCAAUUUUCCCGAAACCGUAACGGACAAGCAGCGGUAUCGAGUCCUGGGCAACAGCAUUAACGUUCACGUUGUUAGUUAUUUGUUGGAGGAACUGAAAUAAAGA